UACAUCCCUAGGACUGUGAUUAUGCAUGUGUCAUAUGGCCGUAUGCAUUUAAAUUAGUAGAAGAGUUGAAACAAAAUAGAUUAAAGAAAUUUAAUUAAAAAGAAUAUCUGUUUAUAUAUAAAAUUUCUUAUUUCUUUUAUCCUUUAUUAGUAAAUAUUUGUCGCAUAGUUAGUCAGAAAACGUGUUACAGAAUAUUACUAUCUUAAAUGACAAAUAUGACGGAAGAAAUUCAAAAAAAUUUAAAAACAGAAAUAGACAAGUACAAACAGGUUCAAAAAGAUUACCACAAAGCACUGAAUCAAAGACAACAGCUGGAUGGACAAUUAAAUGAGAAUAUUGCCGUCAAGAAAGAAUUAGAUCUUUUGAAAUCAGAGGAUGACGUUUUCAAAUUAAUUGGACCUGUUCUCAUUAAGCAAGAUGUAGAAGAAGCAAAACAGAACGUUGCUAAACGAAUGGAAUAUAUCUCUUCUGAAUUGAAAAGAGUGGAAGAAUUAAUAACGACAUUAGAUAAGAAACAAGAUACACAUCGUGAAACAUUGGAGAAAUAUCAGCAGAUGUUUCAACAAGCUCAAGUGAAAGCAUCCCUCUCUCAACCUAAAGCAUAAUUUUAUACAUGAAAAAAAAUUAUAUGUUGCCGCUUGUUAUGUCAAUAUCAUAAAAGAAAAAAGAUCAUAUAACCAUAAAUGUCACUAUUUCUAUUUCUGAUUAAAUUUGUUAAUAAAUUUCUCGUGAAGCUUUUA